AUGAACGCGAUACCUGAUGAGACUCUACUAUCUGCUCUCUCUAUACCGGGAACACAUGAAAGCUUAUCAUUACAUGGAGGACCUCUUCUUAAACGUCAAGUUUGGACUUUGGACACACAACUUAAAUUGGGAAUACGGUAUUUUGACAUGCAUGUUGGGAUUUGGUUGUUUAACCAAAAACAUAUUUCUGUCAGUGAUAGUCACUGGUUGUUUGGGCAGAAGAUUCAUUUUGAUGAAGCACUUGGGAUUUUUGUAAACUUUUUGAAUGUCCAUAGAAGUGAGACUGUGCUUGUGAAAGUAACUUUACAUGGAUUAUAUAAGCGAAAAGUCCGAGAAUUUAUGAUGAAUUUGAUUGAAAAGUACAGAAAUAACAUAUGGAUGAAGUUGUCAGUACCAAAUAUGCAACAGGCAAGGGGCAAGAUUGUUCUUCUCCAGAGUGACACCUUCUCAAUUGGAACAAAUAACCAUGAUUCAUAUUUCUUUGAAAACGGCAAGCUAAUCAAUGUGGAAGUCAAAAUACGGAAUAUUAAGUCACAACUCUGUGGACAUUACAUUGUGUUGACUAACAGUGCAGCAUCAGCUUAUCGCAGUCCCAAUACAAGGGCUCAAAAAGUUAACAAGCAGAUUUAUAGCUUUGUGGACCAACAUAAAAAGAGCUCCACAAACCAAGGUUGCAUAGGAGUCUUAAGUAUGGACUUCCCAAGUGUUGAACUUAUUAAAAACAUAAUAGAAAUCAAACCAUGUAACUGUAAACAUCAGCUGGAGCAGCACCUGCAUCUGACGUCACAACACCUGGGCCAAACUGGGACACAGCUGAAGCAUCACCUAGACCAGAGUCAGAAACAACAGAUCGAGCAACACCUUGGCCAGAGUUGGAAGGAAGAGCUAAGGCAGCACCUGCACCAGACUCUAGCAAGCCUGGGUCUGAUACUGAACCAAUAG